CUUGCACAGGCUCUUCUGCAUGCAGCGCUCAAAUGGCGUUCUGGCGGCGUCGACUCUUGCACGAGCACUGCAAACGCAUUGAAGCACCAGGCGGCCAGACCUGCACCUGCAAGGAUCUGUUGACGGAACAAUGCUGAGCCAGCGCACUGUAUGUUUGGCAGCAUUUCAGCAGAUGUAAGGUCAGAUUGAGCUAGAGCGGCGCUCUAACAAAAAGCUGUUAACGUACUAUCCUGCACAUGCUGUCUCCAGCUGUGAAUUGGCACUGAGCAGGAGUCUUAUAACUGCAAUGCUGGCAUGCUCGGACUGAGUCAAAGACAAGCUUCAAAAACUGGAAUGCUGACAGAUUGCAUUCUCAAGCUAAGCUAGAAGAAUUGGUGACAGACACUUGAAGAUGCAGGCAGCUGAGGACAUGCAAGUGGAUGACGCAGAAGAGAUGGUUCCUGUGCAUCAAGCGGACCACUUUGUGUUCACAGCACAAAAGGAGAACCUUGGGCCAGGCAAUGAAAGGGGCAGGAAUGGCAGCCGCCGCCCGAGGCCUGCCAAGCAUCUGACUUCAGCAGUACGGUCAGUAGAACAGAAGACGCAUCACAACCUGCCGGAAAGUAAAGAGACCGGGAGCGCAAGUCUAGGCCAAGAGGACAUCAUCAUAGCAUCUGCCAUGGAGGAGCCGCAGUCAGGGCGGAAAGCUGAGCCGGUUCAGAAGGCUCUGUCUUCACCCGUCAUCCCUCAGCCGCACCAGUACGAGGAGAUGGCCCCCAUCCACAAGUUGGCGCUGCGCGGAACACCCUUUCCCACUCUGCAGCGGACCAUUCUAGGAGAGCUGGCGCCCAACAGCCCUGUUCUGGGUUUUGGAGGACCCCCCUGGGAGGAGAAUGCGUGCACAAGGUUGCCCACAAAAGACGGCGAAGCGGUCAUUGAGCGAAAAGAGGAGCCGGAGAGGGGUGAGGUGGACGACCCCAAUUACGACGCAGAAAUGGACAACCCCGAUGCUGGCGCAGAAAUGGACGACCCCGAUGCUGGCGCAGAGAUGGACGACGAUGAUGAUGGCGCGGAGAUGGACGACGACGACUUUGGCGCAGCAACAGGCGAGGGAAAGGUUCUCGCUGGAGACGAGAGUACCGCGUGGGUUUACCAAGAAGAAGAGGAGCCACAGCUCCUUUAUCAGGCCGACAGGAGCUCGAAGCUGGAAGCUCUGGAAGAGUGGCUGGACCUCCUAGAAGCGGUACCGGGUGGAACCAUUGCAACUCCAAGGGGCUUCGCAGAGGCUGAUGCUGAAUGCAACAGAAAACAUCAAUACUCUUGGAAGAGUAUAUUGAACAAGGACCUUGACCGCGUGAAGGAGGGGUGCAAAGCGGGGCUCAAGAGCGGGCCGCGCCUUCAGAACGUUAUGAACUCUCUGGUCGAAGCUCUCAAUACGGCAACCGAGUACCUCUCCCCUCGUCACGUUAAGCAGUUCUACCGCCGGGCCCUGUCCUUCCGCUGCCUGCGCCGCGCGCUCCGCGCGUGCUUCGCGCCCAAGGACAACCGUGACCAGUCACUCUGGCUCGCGUCCGCGGGUGUCCUCAUGCUCAUGACGCGCUACGUCGCGUUGCUCCGGAAGCACAUCGAGUAUCUCCGGGGCAUCAUCGACCGGUUCUGCGUCGUGGGCGAGAUGCUCCGCACCGACGACGCGCCCCUCCAGACGCUGCUCCUCGUGCUCACCCGGGCUCUUAUCGACCUCGUACCGACGUCUGACUGGCUCUGCCUCGACCCGCUCCUUGACGUCAUCAUCAAGCAGACGGUGGCGCAAGCGAACGCUGACGUCAGCGCUUCAACCCGCGUUUCGCCUGACGACAUCGAUGGGGUGGUCCGCGCUUGCGCGCUGCUGAUGUACUGCGUGCGUCACCACGGCACCAGGCUUCGGCCAUUCGUCUUCCGUCACGGCGCCCUCGAAGCGGUGGCGCGGCUGGCCGGGCACGCGGAGCCGCGCGUCGCGAUGAUAGCCGUCGAGUUCCUGCGCGCGUGCCUGUUGAGGCACGACGCGCACUACGUGGCCCGCCUGAUGCAGGGCGACCUUUUGGCGGCCGCCAUCACGACCUUCCGGGCGGCCUCGUACGCGCGCACCUCCAACGACGUCACGGAUGCAGUCCGCCAACUGAUGCACUUUAUACUUCUGGCGGACGGACCGGUGGCGGCACUUAAGCCCAAUGUUCGACAACUCUUGUUUCCCGAAGCUUAGUGCAAACAUGUGCCUUUGACCGUUGCUCAGAUAUAGCUCAGCAGAUAUGGUUCACGAAACGUAGUCUUCUCGAUGAGCGACAAUGCAAUCAUAUUUAAGGGUUUGAAAGAAGGAGCUUGAUAGGAUCAGUGCGAGGAGCCGUGUUCAACAAACCUGCUUAUGCAAGAUACGAAGGGCUCGGAAGUCGUAGAGUGAUACAACCAGCAAGACUGACAGGCUAGUUUUGUUGGAAGAUCGAAUAUGUAAGUUAGGAGCUCGGGAUGGGCCAAGUUUAUCGAGAAAAAGUUUGUCGGAUGAAAACAGCGCCCUACGGAUACUGUACAGAUGCGGAUUGGUCAAAGACGGCAAGGUUGCAAGUUAGUGAAAUGCAAUAGUCUUUGUGGACUCGCGCAUGGUUUCCUGCUUUUGGAUCGAUGCAUGAGC